AUGAGAGAAAUCAUUCACGUUCAAGCUGGCCAAUGUGGUAACCAGAUCGGCCAAAAAUUCUGGGAGACUAUCAGUGCUGAGCAUGGUCUUGAUGGCAAUGGCAACUAUGUUGGUGAUAGUGACCUUCAGUUGGAGCGUAUCAAUGUCUUUUACAAUGAAGGCUAUCAAGGCAAAUAUGUCCCGAGAGCCGUCCUUGUGGAUUUGGAACCUGCCACCAUGGAUGCCAUCCGUAGCAGCUCUUAUGGCAAAAUCUUCCGCCCUGACAACUUUGUCCAUGCUCAAUCAGGUGCUGGCAACUCUUGGGCCAAGGGUUAUUACACUGAAGGUGCCGAGUUGGUUGAAUCUAUCAUGGAUGUUGUUCGCAAGGAAGCCGAGAGCACCGAUUGUCUUCAAGGUUUCCAACUUGCUCACUCCAUUGGUGGUGGUACCGGUUCAGGUCUUGGAUCUCUUUUGCUCUCCAAGAUCCGUGAAGAAUACCCUGAUCGUAUCUUGAGCACUUAUUCGGUGGUGCCAUCGCCCAAGGUCUCUGAUACCGUUGUUGAACCCUACAAUGCCGUGCUUUCGGUCCAUCAACUUGUGGAAAAUUGUGAUGCUACUUUUUGCAUUGAUAACGAAGCCUUGUAUGAUAUUUGCUUCCGCACUCUUAAGCUUGCCAACCCCAACUAUGCUGAUCUCAACCAACUUGUCUCUGCUGUUAUGUCGGGUGUUUCCACCUCGUUGCGUUUCCCUGGUCAACUUAACUCUGAUUUGCGUAAGCUCUGUGUCAACAUGGUGCCCUUCCCUCGUCUUCAUUUCUUCAUGGUGGGCGUUGCUCCAUUGACGGCUUUCAACUCUCAACAAUACCGCAACCUUAGUGUGACGGAGCUCACCUCUCAAAUGUUUGAUGCUCGUAACAUGAUGGCUGCUUCUGAUCCUCGUCACGGCCGUUAUUUGACCGUGGCUACUAUUUUCCGUGGUCGUUUGUCCACCAAGGAAGUUGAGAACCAAAUGUUGGCUGUGCAGCAAAAGAACUCGUCCUACUUUGUGGAAUGGAUUCCCAAUAGCGUAAAGUCCUCUUUGUGCGACAUUCCUCCUGUGGGUCUCAAGAUGUCGGGUACCUUUAUUGGUAACAGCACGGCUAUCCAAGACUUGUUCAAGCGUAUCAAUGAUCAAUUCACUGCCAUGUUCCGUCGCAAGGCUUUCUUGCAUUGGUACACAAGUGAAGGCAUGGAUGAAAUGGAAUUCACUGAAGCUGAAUCCAACAUGAACGAUCUCGUCUCCGAAUACCAGCAAUACCAAGAAGCAACCGCUGAUGAGGAAUAUGAGGAAGAAGAAUAUAUGGAUGAGGAGAUGAUGGAAGAGGAACUUCCUAUGGAGGAUGAAGAAUAA